AUGAUACUCUCUCUGGCGGCUUCGCUGCCAAGCGUGGUGCUCGUGCUGCCUCCGACUCAGCUGCCUCCUACACACGCCGGGCUGCGCCCUGUGCAUUCGCCGCGCGCGCUGGUCGUGGCUGAGGCCACGACGACAGACGCGUCACGGUACGGGAUCGACCCUCGGCUGGCGAACCCGGAGGCGGUCGCUGAGGCGCCCGAGUGGAGCGCAGGACGGGUGGGAGACCUCAAAACGACGGGCGAGCUGCGCGCCGCGGUCGAGGCGGCCGCCGCGGAUGGCGGCUUCGUGUGCCUCAAGUUCUGGCGGGAAGGCUGCGCGGCGUGUGCAUCCACCGCAGAGCGAUUCGAGCAGUCCGCGGAAGCCAACCCGCACGGCCGCUUCUUCCUGGUCAACUAUGGGCGGGCUAAGGAGAUGUGCCGCGCCACCGGGAUACGGGUCGUGCCGGCGGCACACCUCUACGCGCGCGGCAGCUUGGUCGCGGCGUUGCCGCUCGGGCCAUCAAAGUGGGAAGCCUUUGCGGAGCGGCUGGCCGCCGUGGCGGCGGAGACGUCCUGA